AGUUUCAGUAGUUUCCAUGGACAGGUGCUAAGACUAACAUGGCUGCUACUGUUCUGCCUAUUCGUCUUCUCGUGACAUCGCCCUUUGUCUCGACAAUACUUUUCUAAUCAGCGAAGAAUAAGGAGUACGGAGAGAGAGUGAGAGAGAGAGAGAGAGAGAGAGAGAGAGAGGGAGAGGGAGAGAGACGAUGAUGACGACGACGACACAUUAGAUGGAACAGCGAACUUCAAUGGAAGACUUCAGCUAGCAAAAUGUCAACCCGAUCGCAGCUUACAAAGGAUUUAAAUGAAUCGGUGAAAGCGCUACUUGGCAAGCAUGUAAAAAUACUAUUAAAGAAUGUGGUGAAAUUGGAAACAAAACAGGACAAACAGGAAAAUCGUGUUCUCGUGUUCUCGCCAUGUCGCCUCUUUCUCUUAUCGGCCAAAGUACCCACAAGAAUCGACUGCCAUUUUCAUUAUCUAGAAGUAACGGCCAUAGAGUCGAGAAGAGCAAAUCAGCUAUGUUUGACCGUCGGAGAACGGUAUUACAAUUUUACUACAAACAGCGUCGGCGGAGAUACCACGGAAGUAGACGCUAUGAUAGAGGCCUUACACACGGCAAUUCGAAAUAUCUUUCCUACAGUACCGUUAAAUUACAUCAUACGAAAAAUAGAGGUAAUACCAGCUAGCAGACUGCAGAGUAUACGAGGAAGCGAGUUAGCUAGAAGUACAGAAGCCACGAGACACACAGGUCCCUGCGGGGGUUUCUCUACUCAAUAUGCGUGCAUGUGUGAUUUGCAUGGUGUACCGUACAGGGAGGAAGUGGCCUGGGUGAGAUUGACGGCAUCGUUAGAAUUUGCUUUAACAAUGUCAUAUUAUCUGCUACAAAAAUCUUAUUUAGACAGAUACGAAUUUCAGGAUGUCGACACAAUAUACCUUUCACAUGACACCAGAGAGCUUAAUUUGACAGACUUCGAUCAUUUAGAUCAGAAGGACUUGGUGCCAAUUAUUUCGGCCUUGGAGUAUAACACUUGGUUCACUAAAUUAAGGGCAUCUCACCUCAAGUUAAAUCACGAGCCUUUAGAAAGAUUGUUACAUGUUAUGCGAAGAUCUUUAUCCAUUCAAGAGCUUUAUUUAGAUAAUCUCGGGAUUAAGUGGGAUUUCGCUCACAAGCUGUCGUUAGCCUUGAUCUCUAACGCUAACACGAUGUUGCAAACAAUAGAUUUGUCACACAACAUGAUCGAGGAUAAAGGAGCCUCUAGCUUGUGUGGGAUAAUAGCCAAGUUAAUGCAAGGUGGUACUCAUCUGAGCGGCCCUAUUGGCAAGUUGCCUAAAGGUUUACAAGAAUUAAAUUUGGCCCACUGUGGACUGACCGGGAAAGGUAUAAGUCAAAUAGCUCACGCAUUAAGCUUGAACAGAAGCAUGCCGACUAGUUUGCGAUAUCUGAAUCUUUCAGAAAACACCUUGAAGGACGACGUCAAUAAUUUGUGCAAUUUCUUGGCACAACCUAAUAGUUUAACACAUCUAGAUCUUAGCGGUACGGAUACUACUUUAGAAUAUUUGUUCGGUGCAUUACUACGGGGUUGUGCAACUAAUUUAGUCCACCUGAACGUUGCCCGGAAUUCCUUUUCAAGCAAGAAGACCAAAGAAAUACCUCCAAGUUUUAAACAAUUUUUCACGGCGACCCUCUCGCUGAAGUACUUAAAUAUAUCUUCGUGCAAACUACCGUUGGAGGCAUUAAAACAUCUGCUACUCGGUUUAGCGUGCAACGAAAGUACAGUUGGCCUAGAGCUUGACAUGAGCGGAAACAAUUUGGGUUCCAUGGGCGCGCACGUUCUGGAAUCAUGCAUUCACGGAGUUCGGUGUAUAGCGUCGUUGGAUAUAUCGGACAGCAACAUGGACGUCGAUUUGGCACAAGUUGUAACGGCGGUGGGUAAGAACAAAUCGAUAAAGCAAUUAUACAUGGGACGUAAUACCGCCAGUAUGAAGAGCAAGCACAUAGCUGUCGUGAUGGACGCUCUGGUGCAGAUGCUUCAGGAAGACGAUUGUGUUCUUCAAGCGUUACAUUUACCCGAUUCUCGAUUAAAAGGUGAUCUCUAUAACCUAAUUAAUGCUCUUGGUAGCAACACGUGUCUACACGUCUUGGAUAUUAGCGGUAAUCAGAUAGGUGAUCCUGGUGCGAGGUUGCUGGCAAAAGCGUUGCAAAUCAAUAAUCAUUUACGGACCAUUAUAUACGACAAGAACAACAUCACGUUACAAGGCUAUGCGGAUAUCGUUCACGCUCUAGAGAAAAACUGUAGUGUACGACACAUGCCGUUUCCCAUUUAUGAUCUGCAACCUUGUAUGAAAACUUCUGCAGAGAAAACAGAGCAGUUAGUCAAAAAGAUACAAGAUCUGUUGCAAAGAAAUGUCACGCCGUGCAAAUAUAGUCAUGGGCAAGCGUUCCGAUUGCAACAAGGAUUUCUGUUGAGUUCUACGCAACAAAUGGUCGAUAGACUCGUCGUUCAAACUCAAGACACUAUAAAGGCCCUCGCGGCAGAGAGUUGUGAUUCUAAUAAUGAUAUCAAUUAUGCGACUGGGCUUAUACAAGAUGCGGAUAAUUCUAAACAACUACUGCCAAGAUUACACGAAGUGCUUCAAAGACGCGACGAGAAUAAUCCAAUCGAGCAAAAGCUACAUGAUAUGGCAAACGAACUUCAUAAAGUUAUAACGACAUAUCUACAGGAUUCUUUGGAUGCGAUGAUAAAAUGCGCAAAUGAGCAAUGUCCUACUAUACUUUCACAAAUGGUGAUCAGAGGCGAUGAGAGUGAGCCGAUCGCAGUACAAGAUGAUCUUCGUAAUACGUGUAAAGAGAAAAACCAAAUUAAUAACGAAUUUAUACAUACUACUGUUACCGAACAAGCUGGCGCAGAUAUAGUUAAUAGAAUUAAUGAGCUUAAUUUAGCAGUUGCGGCGCAUAUAUCCGACAGAAUCACGGACGAGGUAAUCGAGUCAUUAUCAAGAAGUUAUAAAACUUUGAUUGGCGAUUGUGAUAGCCGAACGAGAAGUAGUACACCAGAUGUUUUACGACCUAGCGCUGGCUCGAUGAGUAGCGGAAGCGUGAUAGGCGUGACUAGUGCGAGCGGUGUAUCCAUGACUUUACCUCCUUGCAGAGUUAAUCUCAUGUCCGAAGAGGACUGUCCGCCGGAAACAUGUUCGCUAGCAGAUUCUAUUGGUCAAUGCGUUAAUGAUCAAUCACCAAUGGCAACACCACAUCUAUCGAAUAAGCGUAAAAGUCUACAUGGAAGAAAAUUGAGGCCCAAAUCCGUAGUGGACUCAGUAGAAGGAUUAUCCGCUGAUGAUAUACCGGAUCUGUUGCCAUCAUUGCCGAAGAGUCAAGCGGAAGCUAUUUCGGAAACUGAGCACUCGUUGACAGAGUCAUUAGAUUCCGUCUCGGAAUUACCUAACACUGUGAGCCAGCAGUUACAACAUCUAGUGAAGUCUAGACCGCGCAGAACGAAAACGCGAGCGCCCACGAGACCGAUGUUAAGACCAGAUCAACCGAUUGACGGUCUUGCUCUGGGCGAAGGUCUCGACGUGUUCUUUCGACCUACUACACCUACCACGCCUUUGAUCUCGCCUACGAGUGACGACAGUUCUCUACAUACUUUUCCAACGGAUGGCAGUCCUAAUUUAUCGCUGACGAGUCACAAAAGCAUUCCACCAGACAUAGAGAAAAAGCAUAGUUGUAAUUCACCGAUGCUAAAAACGCUUUUGGAACCCACGCCGCGCUCACGUUCCAGCGACAACUUGGAAAAGUUUUCCCCCCUUGUUGGUAGAAGAUCACAAGGUGAUUCGCCGCUUACUGCGUCACCGCUCGCCCGAAGAAAUACUACGGACAGCGCUCAAGCUUACGAGAGAUCCAAAGGCGAGAUUUUCGUGAAAGAGAUCUGUAACAGCGCUGCUGCGAAUGACAUAAGCGACGAUUCUAGGCGCAGCACACUAACAAACGUAUCUAAUAUGAGUCCGCGUGGCUCGCAUGAUAUUGAUGACACCUUCGGAGCGAACACGUCGGAAAGGGACCAAGAGAAUCGUAAAAGUGUUGCGAAGAAAUCCGUAACUGAUGCAGAGAAAUCAUCUUCGUCCGUCAAGCUACGAUCAACCGGUCACGAUCUGAAAAGUCCAAUAAACAGUAACAGCAGCGGCACCAAGAGCAUAUCCGAUUCAGCCAAGUCUCCCGUAUUAAAACCAUUAAAGAAUGUCGGGUCUACGAGCGACGGAAAAAGCAACGGCUCACUUAUCAAAAAUAAGCCCACUCCACCAGCGACGGCACCUAAACCGCGACCAUGGAGCAUGACCACCGAUCGAAAAUCUGGAGAAUUCAGUCUGUUAAGUGAUGGUUCUAGUCCGAACACCUCUGCUGGCAACACGCCCGACUCUGGCGAUGCUCUCGAUGAAUCGACUGACAGCGGUGUCAGUGGACCGGCCUCCUUGCCGCCGACGUUAUCGACAAGCAGCACCGCGAGUUCGUUGAGUAACUCGAGCGUAGAAAAGAGAUCGGUUAGAGAAUUGGCAGCGAGCUUGAACAAGAGCAAAACAGAUAGGAAGGAAAACGAGCAUGCCGCACCUGCAGCAUGGCGGUCACUACUUCAACGUUCUGUCGAUCGAGCAGAUACUAAGGCAACGGAAGUGCCGAAAAUGGUUGAGGAGAGCCGUUUCAGCUUUAAGCUUCGUCGCACGUCAUUCUUGCGUGAUUCAAAUUUCAACUAUAAUAAUAACGAUGUGGUGGAUGUUUGAUCGCGCUUGAACAGGUGACCCAGCAUUGCACUACAAGGAGUAUUUUCUUCCGUAUGCUGAUGCCGGCUAUCUGACAAACGAGAUAACAGUACUUUUCGUCUUCGUGCCAUAACAAGUCUUAUUGUGUAUAUAAAUAUGCAUACAUACACCUUAACCGGUUUUAGCGUUAAAAACAAUAGCGAGAAUGUCUGGAACAGACGGGACACAUCACAGUUUCAGCGAAACAAGCCAAAUUUCCAUAUAGGACGUUAAGAAUAGCGGCAACUAUGAAAUAGGAUAAUAUGUAAAAGAAGCGUGAGUGUCUUCCAAGAUCGCACAAGUUACAGCAAUGACAUCACGUUCUUCAUUCGAAAAGAUAACAUCCAUUAUAAUAUUUUUCCAUCGAGUGCAACAUAUUUUUACUGUGAUUAAUUCGUAGAAAUGAAUUUAAAUACGAUUCAGUCUAGUUGAAGUUCCUAUCAUGCAACAAUAUGUUUUACUAUCUAUAGACAAGUGUAUUAGCAGAUGGAUCCUUCGGCUACGUAAAUUCUAAAUAGCAAUUUUUUACUUAUAUUUAUGCAGCUAAUAGUUUUUUAACCGGAAGAUAGAAUUGAUUGCGCAUAUAAAAUGAAAACUUAUCUUUAACGGAUAAUCGUUAACGAACAGGUUUUUCCGCAUAAGUUGGUAUCUGUUAUUUUGCGGAAAUUCUGAAUCGAUCUCGAUUCUUAAUUCGUCGUGAUACUCCUCUAAAAUUUUUUUUACUGUAAGAAUUGAAUACAAAUCAAGUAAAGCGUUAACAAUCACUGACGUAAAGUCUACCACGAAAAAUUUGUAUGUGCAACCACAGUCGUGUUUUUUAACAUUAUUGACUGAGAAUGUAGAUUUCUCGAUAUGUAUAUCUUGUCAUUCAAUGGAAUAGGACUAACAAUGCAAUAUUAUUUAUCGAGAUACUUUCGCGCUGCGAACAUUCGAAGAGAAUUUUUUUGUAAUAAAAAUGUUUUUGUAGGCAUUAGGUCGCUACGAAAUUAUAUAAUCUUGUAUCGAAGACAUAUUUGCCAUUUUAUAUAGCGACAAACGCGUGUACAUAUAUAUGUAAAAAAAAAAGAUUUACGUAUAAUAAUAAGGACGAGCGAAGUGAAUCGUGGAUAAUUUUCAUUGAUCGAAGUGAAAUAACGCGGGAAAAAAAUCGAAACAUCUCUUGUGGAUUUUUUACCAUGCUUAAUUAUCAUUACCUAAUAUUAUUAUUGAUCCCUUAUACAAUGCUACAUAGGAUAUGUGAUUGUUAUAUCUUAUUAUAAUAUUACAUUAAUACAAAGGAGAGUAUCUCCCUCACAUUAAGCGGACGAGUAUUAAAGUAUCGUGUUAAUAAAAAUUAUUGUAUGCGUGCGCGCGCGCGCGCGCGCGCGUGUGUGUGUGUGUGAGUGCGUAUGCGCAUAUACAUAUGUCGCAAGAUAUAUUUAGGUUGUAAGAGAUAAAACGUAUAUAAGAUAGAAGCGAUUGUUCUACCUAUAUGCGAAAUGUGCAAGAUCGUAUACAGAGUGUCUCAGACUUACAGUGACAUUUAAUAUUAAUAAGUCUCCUGAGAUUAUUUUGAGAUGAAAAUCAGUCUCACAUCAAAAUGCUGAGACUGUAAUAAUUAUUAAAUGAGGAAUAUUUGAAGUUACCUAAUCAAAUUGUCCGAAACUUACGCGUCCAGAUAUAUUUUAAAGUAUCGUUCCUAGAAUGGAAUGGGAUUAUCUUAAAUCUGGUCAUGGGCAGUUUUAAGACCCCAUCUAACCAAUUAAAUAAUUGUGCGUCUCAAGAUCAUAUAUAAGAUAGUUUUAAAUAUAAGAUCUCCAACUAUGGCCAGUAUAAGCAGUCCGAUUUUAUAUUCAAGAUUGUCUGAAGUCUGGUCAUGAGCAGUCUUUGAAGCGGUAUUCAUAGUCCAAUCUUAUAAAGAUAUUUUAGAGUGAUAUAUUUAUAGUUCGACCUUAUAUUCGAUCGUCUUGAAUCUAAUAAUAAACGAUCUUAGGAUUAAUUCCACUUAAUGAAAUGAUCGUGUUGAAUCUUGAGAUCGUACUCUAAGGACAACCUUAAAUAUAAAAUCGAAUUCUUGAGAUUGAUGUAAUUUUACAAACAUUCAUUACUGUGCGAUAUGUUUUAUGUUUGUUAUGCCUGAGCACGGGAAUUUCGGACAUUUUGAUUAAUCACAAUUUUAAAUGCUUUUCAUUUAAAAACUGUUAUAACUUUGGCAUUUUAGUAUUAAUUUUCAUCUCAAAAUGGUUUCGGGAGUCUGUCGUUAACAACGUAAUUGAGAUAAGUCGGAUACUCUAUGUGUAAUUGUAACAUUAUAUAAGACACCUUUAAAACGAAAAGGGAUAUCGAUCCUAAAGAGCGUAUUUCUUAAUUUAAUAUGCAGAUUCCGCAAAAGGACGCGCUCACGAACUUGCAUGAUCCAUUGUAAGAAAGUCUUGCAUUAAUACUUAAUCGAUUCUACACGAGAGAUAGUCUCUAUUCGCGUAAGAACGUUUUUGCGAUAUUUACUUUUAGGUACGCGUCAUUCUUGACGGUUUUGGACUUGCUCCUAGGGCGUAAUAUUUUUAAACACAGUCUCUCUUGUAUUCAUUUAUUCGAGACUAAAAACUUACACGUAUAUAAUACACACGUCUUGUGCUGCGUUACGAGUGAUUUGUAAGCAGCGUACACGCACUGUUUAUUCCGAUGAGAUGUAUCUAUGCGAGAGAAAAUUAGACAUCACAUCGCGUCGUAAUACGACUUGCUGUCUACUGUGCCAAAACACCUAUUAUACAGCAAUUACGCGUAACUUUUUUACGAUUAGAAGAACUCGCUCCACCCUUGACCGAUUCUCCGGUCCGUCGCGUUGUUUGUAUCGCGUCAUUUAAUUCUCUCGCAGGCAGAUUCUAUAAUAUUGUACAUAAUCGAGGACCCAGUAAUCUUUCAUUCCAUAAUAUUACUUACUAACCGGAGUUAAUUGCUUUAAUUUAUGUAAUAUAUAUGCGUGUGCGUGUGCAUAUGUGCGUGUGUGU